CAUUUGUUGUCACAAGAAGCACAAACAAUUUAAAAAUCUUAACAAGGUGAAAGAAACUUCAUAUAAAUACCACUUCAUACCAAUCUAAGUUCUGCAUAAGAGCAUUCACAAAUCCAUGACUUAAAUUCACAAUUUAUCAUUUUUUGUGAUUGUACUUAUAUAUAUACUAACACUAACGCUCGUGCGAUGGCUAGGAAAAGAAGGGCGAGUGAGGCACUUGGUGAAAAUAUCCGCGAUAAUGAUCAAGGGAAUGUGGCCUGGGACGAAAUGGUAAAGGAAACUGCUGUUGCAGCUGCGCUUGGUGGAGCACGGCGAGCACGGAAGAGAUUCGUGGGUGUUAGACAGAGGCCAUCAGGUAGAUGGGUAGCUGAAAUUAAAGAUACUAUACAAAAAAUAAGAGUGUGGUUAGGUACCUUUGACACAGCUGAAGAAGCAGCAAGGGCAUAUGAUGAAGCUGCUUGUUUACUUCGUGGAGCCAAUACUCGCACGAAUUUCUGGCCCUGUUCUUCAUCUUCUUCUUCUACUCCGGCUCUUCCUUCGAAAAUCACUAAUCUUCUUAUUAAUAGGCUCAAAGCUAGAAAUAAUUCCUUAGCCGCCGCUGCUGCUGCUGCGGCUGCUUCUUCUUCUUCUUCUUCUUCUUAUUCUUCUGAGCCUGUGGAAAUUCAUGAUCAGGACAAACAGGGAGAAGAAUUCAAAGAAGAAGAAGCUUAUUUUUCGGAUUUGCAGUAUAUGGAGUAUCUCAAGGAUCCCGAAGAUCUGAUUACUGAAAACAACAUGAUCAGUAAUAUGAGUGCAAUUAACGUAAGCAAUUUCACAAACACGUCGGAGGCAUGCUUGGCUGUAAACGAUUAUAGUGUAAUUCAGCCUGUGAAAAGCGAUGAAAACUCGAUUGCUGGAGAGAUUAAUAAUAGUGUGAAAGUAGACUCAGAAGAAGAGAUUGAAGAGGAAAACAAUACUGAUAUAGGAGAUGUAGAGGUAGAGCCAAUUGACUUUCAAUUUGUUGACGAAAUUGGAUCAUCAUGUUACUAUUCACCAUUUGAAGAGAUUAAUUCAUCAGAGAUAAUGGAAGAGGGGAUGAUUUAUGGAGACGAGUCAUCGAUGCUAAGUGAAGCUAUGAGGAGGAUGAAUUACGAGAGGAAGUUCUCAGCAUCACUUUAUGCAUUCAACGGAAUAACAGAAUGCUUAAAAUUGAAGCUGAAAUCUGGAGGAGGAGUUAUGCAGAGAGAAAGAUCUGAACAAUUAAGCAGAUUGAUAAAUGCAUGCAAAAGGAACCGCAACAACAAGGAGGAAGAGGAAAAGAAAAUUAAGGAUAGUGAAUACAGUUCAGAAAGUUCAUCAGAAACUGGACCAUCUUCUAGUUCACCGGAAACUGGAUCAUCUUCAUCAACGAUUUCGGAAGAAACUAAUUACGAUAGUGAAUUGUCCCUCUGGAACUCAAUUGAUCUACCACCAAUCUGCGCCUUUUUUACUUAGAAAAAAAAUGUUUUUUUUGUUUCUGUUAUUUUCAAUAUGUUAUUGUUGGAUCACGUAACUUUUGUUUUCACAGGGUGAAGAUGAAGAUUACUCUGUGUUCUCCUUCAUUU